CAUGGCGCAUGAGGUUUGUGCGGAAAGCGCGUUUAUUUGAAGGUCGUUGAAUUGAGUUAAGAUUGGUCGAGUUUUAAAAUGGUUUCAUCAGAAGAUAGUAUCAUUUUGUUUUAAAUUUAACUCAACCAUGGAGGCGGAUGGUGAUAGAGCAACUGCGAUUGGAUGUCCUUCACAGACGUCCCUGGCAGGUAAAGCUGCUGUAUGUCAAGGAUGCCCAGGACAGUAUCUCUGUAGUCAACAAGGUGUUUUGGACCCAGAUCAAGAGAUGAUUGAUUUGCGAAUGAAUGCAGUCAAACAUAAGAUUCUUAUUUUAUCAGGAAAAGGGGGAGUUGGUAAAUCAAGUGUGGCUUCUAAUCUUAGCAUGGCUCUUGCUAACAUGGGCCAAAAGGUGGGGUUAGUGGACUUGGACAUUUGUGGUCCAAGUGUACCAAAGCUAAUGGCAGUUGAAGGACAACAAGUCAUUAACUCACCAUAUGGAUGGACUCCUUUGAAGUAUAUCGAGUUCAACACUCGAAGAGAAAUUCUCUAUCUACGCGCGCCAUGUAUUAUUCUCUAUUUAACAGACACACCACCCGGCACAUCAGAUGAACACCUAACUGUUGUCAAAGCACUGAAAAACGUCAAUCCUGAUGGAGCUGUCGUGGUUACGACGCCUCAAGAGGUUGCGUUGGCAACGAUUCGCAAGGAGCUGAAUUUUUGCCGAAAGAUGGAUUUGACAGUGUUAGGUAUCGUGGAAAAUAUGAGUGGCUUUGUUUGCCCGUACUGUCAGGAAUGUUCAAACCUGUUUUCUUCUGGUGGCGCUGAAAGACUCGCUAGUGAAAAUGGUCUUCGUCUCCUUGCAAAAAUCCCGUUAGAUCAGAACCUGUGCGUUUGUUGUGAACAAGGUUCGAACAUUUUCGAAUCAUUUCCAGAAUCACCCGCGGGAACUGCGCUACAGUCUCUGGCAGCAAAGUUAGUCGGAAAGAUGAAACCGGAAUGACGUCAUCUUGACUUAUAUUUCGUCCUCUCUGGUGAUUGCUGGUCGUGCAUCGUCGCACAAGUUUAUCUUAACAAAAUUGUUUUAAAUCCAGUAAUCUGAAAUGCUCUGGGACUAAGUGUUGAUAUUA